AAAAAAAGCAAAAAAAAAAGAGUCGAUCUGAUGAUGAAGGGACUUCAUUUCCACCUCUUCCUAGUAACCAUGACGGUCGUUGCCUCCAUCUCCGCUGCUACACCGGCGGCUCCGGCGGAAGGAGGACCUUUGUUAAACGAAUGUAACCAAUAUUUUCAAUCGGUGACUUUUUGUUUGGAUUUCGCGUCAGGGAAGGCACCAAAUCCGUCUAAGAAGUGUUGUGACGCUAUCGAAGGUAUAAAAGAGAAAGAUCCAAAGUGUUUGUGUUUCGUGAUACAACAAGCCAAGUCAGGAGGACAAGCUUUUAAGGAACUUGGUGUUCAAGAAGCCAAACUCAUUCAACUUCCAACUUCUUGUCAGCUCCACAACGCUAGCAUCUCCAACUGUCCAAAACUUCUCGGGAUUUCGCCAAGCUCACCAGACGCAGCCAUAUUCACAAGCAAUGCCACUUCUACAACAACACCGGCGGCACCCGGAGGAACGUCUCCAGCAACUCCAGCGACGUCUACUGAGAAAGGAGGAUCAUCUUCCAUAAAAGAUGGUCACGCCGUCAUGGCUCUAGCCGUCGCUUUAAUGACCGUCUCCUUCUUCUCGACCUUGCCUAGGAUGGGUUUGGCCUAGAUGGUAGGCACGUGACAUUAGGGUUUCCUCCUUUAUUAUGUAGAGCUCGUCUCAAAAUUUCAAGACUAUCUUGUCAUGUGUGUUUCUUGGUCUGGACCAUUUGUUAUAUAAUGAGUGAACUACUUAAUCUGAUCUCUUGCCGCAAAUAAUUAAAGUUUAUCUUACCACCUUAGCUUCUUAAGUAUGUGGUUACUAGUACAGAAAUUAAGAGUUUUAAACCACAAUUUAAU